AUGCCGUUAACAUGGAGCACAGAUAUCCCGCAUGUGUCGUUAGACUCCGUCAGGAGGUUCAUCUUGUUGCGGAGCUGCUACCGGUUGGGCCCGCCUUACACCAUCACCCUCUGCAACGAGAGGUUCGAGACCUUCGCACUCUCGAAGAUCGCCGAGUUGAAAGAAAAACUCGAUGCCACAACCACCAAAGAGAAGAAGAUCAGCAUCUCCUCGACCAUCAAGAAGCUCGAAGUCGCGCUCGAGAAGGCGAAGGCCGCGGACAAGGUCUUCGUCCCCUCUGAAGAAGCAAUCGAGUGUCUUCACAGCAUGGCGGUCCAGGCGGUGCAUUGGUACCCGUACUAUGUUCGCCAGACCCACUACCGACAUGCACCCGUGUUCAACAAGCACGGGUUCACCUUUGUGGCCGACGUCUACUAUGACUGGGAUUCUGACAAAUUUUUCCACUACAUCCGCAAGUACAACACAGACGAUGAUUACCUAUUCCUCUCCUACACCGAAAGGACCGACCAGGACUCCGGAGGUCGCGUGGCUCAUGGAAAGCAUCUCGGAGAAGUAGGCUCAAUGAGCGUAAACCACCUGCCGUCUGGAUCUCACCCCGAAGAAGCCAUCGAUUACGAUGGAGUCCAGGUGGUGUUCCACUCGGCUUCUAUUCCCAACAACGACUGCCAUUCCGAUGAAACGCCGACACCGUCCAAAGGAGAGAUCGAGCAGGAGACCAUGGACCUCCUCCACGAGUCCCUCGAGCAGCUCGCCGAGUGGGGCGAGCUCGCAGACCGCGACGACGGCGUCCUCCGCUUCCCCCCCAGCGUCCUCCGCGCCGCGGGGAUCCAGGACGACGGGCUGUGGGACGAGGCAUACUAUGACGAGGACAUCCAGUAUGAGUUCAAUAAUUAUUUCGAGGAGGGGACCGGGGAUGGUUUGGCAGAGGACGGGGAUGGCAUGGCAGAGAACCGAGAUGCAUUCAUCCCUGAGAUUGAGUUGAGCGAAAAGGAAGACGAUCCCAAAGAGACAGAAUACCUUACAAUUCGAUCUGAGAUUACGUCGAAAAUGGUAUUGUUGAAACACGUUGCCAAUGUCAUGCUCUGGAUUGCAUUAGUUUUAUUCGACAACAAAACUCCUGAAACUUAUAAGCGGAAUAUCACAGGAUGCCGCUGCACCCACGGUCACUUCGGCAGGAAUGGGCAGGCCUGCUCUCCCUGUCCUGUCGGAACCUACAAAGACUUAGGCUCAAUCGAGAGCUGCGGGCCCCGCGCGUGCAACUUGCAGACUGCGAUUCAACAUGAUGAUGUCGUUGUUGCGGCAACUUGGCUUGUUUUAUUGAAGUACCUUGAAAACAUCACCUAG